UUUUGUUAUGGAAAUUGUUUUUCAUUUGACUCCAUAUCUGCUUUUAUGUUUUCCCGGCCAGCUACCGCUGCUUCACAUAACACAAGCUUCUGAAGCCACUAGCCCUUUUGAGGCCAUUUCUAUCUAUUACCAGAUAUUUGCCAAUCCUUCAUCUUCCUUCAUCUUCUCCAGAGGCCCUAACAAUAAAGGAGCAGGCCAUUUUUUUAGUACUAUCCAGUUUUAUAUAUACGUCACUCAAACCCACAAAAAUAACAGGCGAAGGAGAGGGGCACAGAAAACCACCACCACCUUUUUCUUCUUUUCAUACUUGCGGGAAAACACAGGAGAGUCUUUGAGCAAGAAAAUGUAUAGCAACGGAGACUCUUCUUCUCCGGAGGACUCCAAUGGCGAAUCAAAUGAAAAGGCUCAGAGAUCGAUCAGAGAAAGUGGCUAAAACGAAAGAGAUGUUGUCGAAGCAAGCAGGUCAAACCAAACAGAUCUUGUCUAAACAUGCAGACAAGAUUGCCAAACGGGCUGAAGAGCACGAAAGAUUCAUCAACAAGGUGACUUAUUUGUUGAGUGUUCUUGGGUUUGGAACAUUCUGCUUUCUGUUGGGUGCCAGGCCUCAAGAUGUCCCUUAUGCAUAUUGUUUGCUCUCUGUCAUAUUUGUUCCUCUACGGUGGAUUUUAUAUCGAUACAAGAAAUGGCAUUAUUAUCUCUUGGACUUUUGCUACUACGCCAACACACUAUUCUUGGUCAUGCUUCUUUGUUUUCCUAGAAAUGAGAAGUUUUUCAUGAUUUGCUUCUGUUUUGCAGAGGGUCCACUGGCUUGGGCACUGAUUGUGUGGAGAUGCAGCUUAGCCUUUAAUUCUUUCGACAAAAUUGUAAGCGUCUUCAUACAUCUUUUGUCUGCAAAAGCUGCAAAAAUUAUCUGUGGAAUUCUUGAUACGGUGGCCAAAAUACCUGCCACAUCUGAUGUUCAGAUUGCCCUAUGCAAGGAAAUUGUGCAAUAGACACGUGAUGAGAAGUGAACUUUCCUUCGUUAGCGCACUGAGGCAAAGCUUGCAGCUCUAUUGAUGGAGACCAAGGAAGAUUCCGAAACUUUAGCUCUCCUUUCUGGACCAAUCAAGGAGUGAGAGUGUAUAUGAAGAUGAGGACUUUGAUGAGACCCAGAGGCAACUAGCUGCAUUACUGGCCUCAAAGAUUCAAACAUGCUUUUCCUGUAUCUUUAAUUCUCUUCUUGCCUGUUUUAUAUAAUAAAUUGGAUGAUAGAAAUAAUCAUCUACCUUACUUUGAAGUUUAUGAUUAGAGAAACUCGAAAUCCUUCUAAACAAUAGUUUUGUUGGAAGUUUUUGUUUUAAAGCCUACUUCUACAGAGUGCUCAUCUUCUUGAUUAAUAUGUUAGCAUACAUUUUACCAGGUUAUGUAAAAUACAUCUCAAGAAGAGGAAGCAUAAGUUAUUUUUGCUUUUGUAUGCAUUCAUUAUUUAUAACAAAUCUCUGUCUCCCCUCUCAGGUCAUUUGUUAUUUGAAUGAACUAAAUCACUCAUUGUCGUAUGCCCUUGGAGCUGACCUUCUAUUCGAUGUAUCAGAAGAUUCAGAUUAUGUCCGAAGUAUUAUAGAACUGGCUCACCAGGGCUAUAAAUUAGGCUAAGUUUAACACAACAGCACUACGAGAAACACAAGCAUUGUCUACUAUGGGGAAGGCAUAAAUCAGUUCCUGUGUGAUAGUCUAACAAGCACUAAUGCUGAGCUCUUGACAGUUUAUGGAACAGAAGAAGCAACUGAUACACUGAUUGAGCAGAUAACUUGGGAUCAAGACCCCAUACUACGUUAUGGAUAAAUGUAUGCAUUUGCAUUGGCUUACAGUAGAACUGCAAACAACAAGGCCAUUCGACAGCUGCUGCAUUUUGCUGCAUCAGAAUUGAGUGACAAUGUUAGGCACACUGCAGUUUUAGCACUGGGGAUCGAUGAAAAUGCACAUAUUGAACAAUCCAUCUAAUUGAGUUGCUAAUCUUAAAAUGUAGACUCCUCAAAUCGUCUCCCUGCUCUCUGAAUCAUAUAAUCCACAUGUUCAUCAAAGUCCAGUUCUUAUGUUUGGCAUAUCAUGUGCUGGUACUGGUCUGAGCGAGGCCAUAUCAUUGCUGGAGCCUUUGACAUCAGAUGUGCCAGCGAUUCCCCUGUUGAUGCAUUCAGAUUCAUGGUGCUGCAGAAAGGAAAUCAGAACUGGAGCUCUUUGAAUGGACUAAGCAUUUUGAGCUCAUGUGUAACACAUAGUUCACGACACAAGCCUGAACUAGCGUGUCAGUUAUUGCCUUUUUUUUUUUUUAUAGCAGCAUGGACAUUGUUCUUUAACUUUUCUAACAGGAAACUCAUUCUAUUGAUUUCUGCUCACACUUAAUAUCAGAGCCUAAAACAUCAUGCAGUGAAAGCAAUUGCUCAUGCUCAUUCAUUGUAAGACACUUAUUGCGCUUAUAGAUUGUGUAUACAACUUCCGCAUUGC